AUGGGCUCAUUUAGCGUUCCCGAGUCCCCAAUUCCAGCGCGGCCUGCGAAGUCGGCGGCCACUGCGAAAAAGCCAUCUCCAAGAACACAUGACGCCAAUACGUCCAUAGGCAAGCGCAAAGAACGCGCCAAUUCAGACGAGUACGGAGGUAACGGGCACAUCCAAGAGUUCAUCAACGCCCAUGAUGGCUUGUCUCAAUGGAAAGAGAACCUCGAGGGCCACUAUGCCAAGUCGACUUACCAUGUCGCCAGUCUGGGUGGUAAGAAGGGGAAGAAUGUGAAUGGAACAGAUGUGUCUUACAGACACUGCAAGAGAAACUUGGUCAACUUGAUCAACGAGAUAGAAGAUCUUUCCGAGAUGGAGCUGGCCUGGGAAGCGAAACAGCCUCCUGAGAACAACGACGUUUACGUGCAACAUAUCCGACUCAGGAAGCAGUACAGUGCUACAGCUGCAUUGCACUGGUACAAAGACACUGAACACAAUGGCUUCAUCGGUCGUGUCGAGGAGGACUGCGAGUUCUUCAGUCAGCGUCGUGGUCGGCGCUGGACAAUCGCAAGCGAUCCAGACUUCCCUGACCGAGAUGGUCUUGAACACGACCUAGGAUGGAAAUCGCUCAAGAAAAUCCAGCAUAAGCUUCUCAACGAAUCCGAUAUCCCCAAGGUUCAAAGGACCGAUGUCGCAGAGCAACUGCCGACGCGAAAGCGCCGACGAGAGGGCGCAAGCGUUUCAUGGGACGAAGAUGUUUACGUUCGCACAGAGGCUGACGUAGACGUGCUCCGUAAGGCAUCAUGCUCGCUCUCAGUCGAGUUUCUCGAGCCUUCUCCAAAGAGGCCUAGGAUGGGCGUGCUUCGCACAACUCCACUCGAGGCCACACGAGAGCUUAUUCCCGCUACACCAGUCGCGAACGGCUCGAACCCUAUUCGCCCUCACUACGUCAUCCCGCUGAGCCGCAACGGGCCUCCGAGAGACGUUACUAGGAGCUCGAUGUGCAGGCAUAGACGACGGUACGUGAAGGGACAAUGGGCAGUUCCGGAGGGGAGCGAAAUCAUCGAUACCAGUGGAUAUCGCAAGAACUUCGACGUCCAUGUCGCGAAUAUGGAGCAGCUGCAGAUCGAGGCUGCAAAGAUGGACCGAGAAGACCUUGGCGGGGAUACAGAGAUGAGGGACGCUCCUGCCGCUGAUGCGCAAAGAUCAACACCACAGCCGUCGCGGUGGUCACCAAGCCUUGGGGGCCGACUGGUGAAUUGCAUCGCCAACCUUGGGGUCUUCACUUUCCCGGGUUUUGACAGACAUGAUCGUGGCGGUGGUGAAACUUCGGCGCCGCAAAACGAUGCUAGACACGCGAGUCUCCUGGCUUGA